UGAACCACGGAGCCACCAGAGGGCGCGCGAUCCCGCCCCAACCAACUUCCCGCGGAGGUGCCAGAAGCAGCGAGGAGCUUCAACUUCCUCAGGGCAGCACGAGGGUCGUGUUAACUUGGUGUUCUUCAUUGAGAAAUGGAAUCCUCGUAUCGCUGAUCUAUGUAAACAAAUUGAAGAAUUGUCUGAAAGAAAAUAUGACAUGAACUUAUGAAUUCAACAGGUGAAGAUUUAGAACUUGAUAAAUCAACUUUGUGUGGUACGUCUUCAGUCUUAAGUCAGAUUAGAAGAUUAUGUGAGCUCGAGCUGUAAAAGCCAAAGGUCCGGUGAUGAUCCCAUACCCUUUUUUCCAGUCUCAUGUUGAAGAUUUUUAUGUAGAAGGCCUUCCCAAAGGAAUUUUUUUUUUUUUUUUGAGGUGGAGUUUUCACUCUUAUCGCCCAGGCUGGGGUGCAAUGGCGCAACCUUGCUGGUCACUGCAACCUCUGCCUCCUGGGUUCAAGAAAUUCUCCUGCCUUAGCCUCCCAAGUCGCUGGGAUUACAUGUGCCCACCACCACACCAGGCUAAUUUUUGUAUUUUUAGUGGAGAUGGGGUUUCACCAUGUUGGCCGGGCCAGUCUCGAACUCCUGACGUCAAGUGAUCUUCCCGCCUCGACUCCUGACAUCAAGUGAUCUUCCCGCCUCGGCCUCCCAUAGUGCUGAGAUUACAGACGUGAACCCAUGCCUGGCCAGGAAUUUUGUUUUUUAGGAAGGCUUUCUACUAAUGGAAUUCCUGGCCUUGAGAGGAUGUUACUUUCGAAGGAAAGGAUUUUUUUGUUAUUAAAAGAAACAGGACCUUGCCCUGUCACUCAGGAUGGAGUUCAGUGCUCCUAUCAUGGCUCAUUAUAGCCUCAAACUCCCAGGCUGAAGCAAUCCUACCAUGUCAGCCUUCCCGUAGCUGGGACUACAGGUCUCACACCAUCACCCAGGCUGGAGUACAGUGGCACAACCUCUGCUCACUGCAGCCUCCACCUGCCAGGCUCAAGCAAUUCUCCUGCCUCAGCCUCCCGAGUAGCUGGGAUUACAGGUAAGUGCCACCACACCCAGCUGAUUUUUGUGUUUUUUUGUAGAGACGAGGUUUCGCCGUGUUUCCCAGACUGUUCUCAAACUCCUGAGCUCAAAGCAGUCCACCCACCUUGGCCUCCCAGAGUGCUGGGAUUACAGUUGAAGCAUAUGUCCUGCGAGCUUAGGGGUGCUACAAGUUGACCACUGCAGCAGUAAAGAUGACUCUGAAGAAUGGCGUGGGAUGGAUCCUUUCAAAUGCACUUGAGCAGCGGUCUCCAACCACAGGGCCACAGAGCUGGAGCUGGAUCUACCAUGAAGGACUUCUGAAUCCAGGAAGAGAGACUGACUGGGCAACAUGUUAUUCAGGGUCUCCCUCUGUUGUCCAAGGCUGGAGGGUAGUAGUGCUAUCGCAGCUGACUGCAGCCUCAACCUUACAGGCUGAAGCGAUCCUCCCAUCUCAACCUCCCACGUGGCUGAGACUACAGGUGCUUGCCACUAUGCCCAACUAAUAUUUGGAAUUUUCAUAUACGUGGAUUCCAGAGGGGUGACAGCGAAACACGACUGCAGGACAAAUUCGAGCAUCUUAAAAUGAUUCAACAGGAGGAGAUAAGGAAGCUCGAGGAAGAGAAAAACAACUGGAAGGAGAAAUCAUAGAUUUUUAUAAAAUGAAAGCUGCCUCUGAAGCACUGCAGACUCAGCUGAGCACUGAUACAAAGAAAGACAAACAUCGACUUUUUACCUUAAUCCUUGCUGCAGUAUUUCCAAGUAACAGAGGAGAUAGAUUUACCCUUUCUAAACUAUUAGCUGUAAUUUUAAGCAUUGGAGGUGUUGUACUGGUAAACCUGUCAGGGUCUGAAAAAUCUGCUGGAAGAGGUACAAUAGGUUCCAUUUGGUCUCUUGCUGGAGCCAUGCUCUAUGCUGUCUAUAUUGUUAUGAUUAAGAGAAAAGUAGAUAGAGAAGACAAGUUGGAUAUUCCAAUGUUCUUUGGUUUUGUAGGUUUGUUUAAUCUGCUGCUCUUAUGGUCAGGUUUCUUUUUACUUCAUUAUACUGGAUUUGAGGACUUCGAGUUUCCCAAUAAAGUAGUAUUAAUGUGCAUUAUCAUUAAUGACCUUAUUGGAACAGUACUCUCAGAGUUCCUGUGGUUGUGGGGCUGCUUUCUUACCUCAUCAUUGAUAGGCACACUUGCACUAAGCCUUACAAUACCUCUGUCCAUAAUAGCUGACAUGUGUGUGCAAAAGGUGCAGUUUUCUUGGUUAUUUUUUGCAGGAGCUAUCCCUGUAUUUUUUUCAUUUUUUAUUGUAACUCUCCUAUGCCAUUAUAAUAAUUGGGAUCCUGUGAUGGUGGGAAUCAGAAGAAUAUUUGCUUUUAUAUGCAGAAAACAUCGAAUUCAGAGAGUUCCAGAAGACAGCGAACAGUGUGAGAGUCUCAUCUCUAUGCACAGUGUUUCUCAGGAGGAUGGAGCUAGUUAGCUGUUUGUGAUCUGUAGCCCAGCUUGAUAAUGGAACUAUACAUCGAAGAGACAAUCUCUGGCAAGUUUUUGUAGAAAAAAUGUUUCAGUGCCUAGUCUGAAAAAUAACAGUUUCAGUUCUUUGAAACUCCAAAAUAUAUUUUUCUCAUACCUGUUUUCUUCAUUUUCAUAAUGAAGCACUUUGCUAUGUAGCUGUGUACAUAUCACUACAGUUAUAGGAAGUUUCAGUCUACAGUCCAUCCAAAGGACCAACCUGCCUUACACAUCUCAAGGAAUUCAGCUGUUGAAAUCAUUUGAACUAAUCAAGGAAUAAAUCCUAAUGUUCUGGGACUUUAUUUUCACAUGUUAAAUGCUGGAAUAUAUUAUGAAAAUGUUUUCAAGAAAUCACUUAAGUGUUCAUAGACCAGUAUUUCUGACAGGUAAAAUGCUAAAAUAAGCUACCUGUAAUAAGUGUGGAUUAUAUUUUUGGGUUUUGUAGAAUAUUGCAAAUUAACUACACAAAAAAUGUUUAAUUUAUGCAACAAGCAUGUUUGUGCAAAUUUCAUGGGACUUUAAAAAGAAUAAGUAUUUGAGAAAAUAUCUGGUUCACUUACACUACAUUUACUGUAUUAUUCUUUUAUAGCAUUAGGUGCCCUGUAUUUUAAAUCUGUGACAAACCGUGGCAAAUUUUUAAAGGGGAAGUAUUAUUAUAAAAUGAAGAAAUAUGUAUUUCUAAAGGCUAUAUUGCUGUAAACUUAAUUGAUAAAGCUCUGUUUAAUUUAGAGUUUUGAAGAAAUAGUCUCCCUUCAAUUAAGAAAUUUUCAUAAUGGAAUGAUUUAAAUUGAAGUGACAAAGAGUAUUAUUAAAAUACAAUGUUUAUACGUGUAUUUGUGUAUUGUAGAUGUAUCAAGUGAUUUCUAAUUUUUUUCACAUAUGAAUGUGCCAGAUUACUCUAGAACUAGAUGUCUCUUCUUUAAAUAAUUUUAGUUUUCCUGAAUAAAUUUGUAAUGGUUAAAGUACCAAGUAAGUAAGGUGAGAAGGGAUUCUGUUUUUAAAAUCACAUCAGAACUUUUCCUCUACUAAGAUUAUAAAUUAAAUGUAAAAUACUCCUAAUUGCAAUUCUUAAACUUAGGCCUUACAUGUACUUAUUAUGCAACUGCUCCUGGACUCUAUUCACCAUAGAUAUCAGUAAAUGUAUGUCCCAGGAUUCACAGGCUUUUGAUUAAUCAAUAUUCUUUUCAAGUUUUCUGUGUGAAGAGUUUAGUUCUCUUCAAAAUUUCUUAACUAAUCUGAUUUUUAAGAAUUCUCUUUGCAGUGUUUAGCUUCCUAUUCACAUUCUUAAAAUUGCUUUGGUGUUACCAUGAGUCUAAAAUGAAGUUUAGCCUUCCUUUUGUUUCAUUCUGAGAACUUCUAUAUUAUAUUACCUUUAAAAAUUGUUUAUGAUAUUAAAUUUAAAAUACAAACA